AUGGAAAAUCCCACUUUGAACGACCCUCCACCGCCGCCCCAAGGCGGGCCUGGUCCCGACGCUGGGCAACCGAUGCCGCCGCCAGUCGUGCCCCAGCUUCCGCCGCAGAUGUUCACCACCGCCGCCCAGCUCCUCGACCUGACCGACAAGAAGCUCAUGGUCGCCCUGCGCGACGGACGGAAGCUCAUCGGUGUGCUGCGAAGCUGGGACCAAUUCGCAAACCUCGUCCUCCAAGAUACCAUCGAACGCAUCUUCUGCCAAAACCUGUACGCCGACAUCAACCGAGGCGUUUUUCUCGUCCGCGGCGAAAACGUGCUGCUCCUAGGUGAAAUUGAUCUCGAUAAAGACGACUACAUCCCCGAGCCCUUUGAACAAGCACCGAUGGAACGGGUCUACGCAUUGCAGAAGCAGGAAACCGAAGAGCGCAAGAAGAAGGAUAAGCUCAGGCGGAAGCACCUCAAGGGCCACGGCUUCGAGGGCGAGCACACGGGCGAGGCGGUGCUAUGA